UCACUAGCGCUCGUGCGAGUCUGAUCCGUGAUGGAUGCAUGAUGGUCUCUCUUGGUCUCGUUCGUUUCUCGGCCGCUGGGUCUCCUGUGGGCCAGGACAUGCCCUGAGAGCUGAGAGCUGAGACCUGAUCGUCUGUUCCGCCCUCCGCGUCUGCCUUCUGUUCCUCUCUCUCUUUCGUUCUGUUUCAAAACCUCUGGACGAGGUUUUCCGUUUCUUACUUCGACUUCAACUUCGUUUCGGAUGCUUCGCACCGUCGCUUUGUCUUUGCUUUAUUGAAAUAUCUAUUUCGUUACGUUUCGUCCGUUCGCUCUUCAUCAUAUAUUUAUCACAACUGGACAUUUGCUUUCCUUUUUCCUUUUUACAUUCAUUCUGCUGGAGAGAAUCAGAUAGGAUGGAUCCCCGACGUGUAUUCUGGGGCUCGAGGAGACGUUCUGUGUCGAUUGCGAAGACUGAGGGGAUGGAGGAUAGUAGUCGAGAAAACAAGUUAUAUUCGCUCCUCAUCGACAUGCAAGAUUCUCGAGAAGAUUCGCCAUCUCGAACCAGUUCUUCUUCCCCCUACUCCUUCGCUGCAGUCCCCUCCAGUCCAGCCGACUCAUCCUCGUCACCCUCCGAGCGUGAACGCGUCACUGUACCGCCACAUCUCGCAUUGAAACGCGCCACGGCGAGAGAUUCUGAUUCUGCAGUGGCUGUGGCUGUGGCUGAGACGGACACGGAGCGAGGGCCAUCAUCUCCCGCUUUGAUCCCGUCGUCGCAGACAGGAACGGUCGCUCCUUCGACUACACCCUCGACAGAAAAUGGAUCCUCGUCGAACCUCGCGGUACCUUCAUUAGAAACGACACCGACGACACAGACUAGAACGCGACUCACAUCUUCAUCCGCCCUCUCUGCAUCUUCGAUCAUACCUCCCUCCCCAUCCCCAUCCCCAUCUGCAUCACCAUCAUCCCUUUCUCGUUCGGCUUUUCCAUCUCGAUCUUCUACAGCCGGGAACUCUACUUCUACCGGUGGCGGUGGUACUGGAGAUAGUUCUCCAGGAGCAGAUCCCGCCCGUUCGCAACGUCCUUCGUCUUCUUCUCCCACUUCUUCCGCUGUUGGUGGCAGUGGUGGUGCUACGGGCUUGCCAUCUAGCUCGAUGUCUUCACCGUCAUCGGAUUCGACGGCGACGGCGACGCCCGUACCGACGAGUACAGAGGCCCCUAUCCCAGCCUCACAAUCUGUUACGUCGACCACCACGGAAAGUCGAACGGACGAGCAGUCAUCCUCGAUUCCGGGUCCUACCGCCCCCGAGUCUAUAGCUACGUCGACCAGCGAAGUUUUGACUGAUUCGACUUCGACCAUUAUUUAUUCUCUUUCAUCCUCGCUUUCGAGUUCGAGUUCUGACACGACCUCUUCCAUCGCCACACCCGCACCCACGCAAAUCACUUCGACUUCUCCUUCUACUGCGUCUCCGUCUCAGGCUUCAGCAUUGAAUAGUCAGAGCGGAGUUCCAACGACGACAACGGAACCUGCGGUCUCUCAGACUGCGAGCUCGACGGGUACUGGCGGUGGAGGUACAGGUGGUGGUGGUGGCGGGUUGUCCAACUCGACGACACAGAGCGCUGGACGAACGACAACGUCUUUGGAUUCCUCGACCGCGUCGGCCGUUUCAACGAGUUCGGUCGUCACGCCCACGUCCAGUGCGCUGACGUCCAGUGCUAGUGCGUCUACGACCGCCGUGCCGUACAGUUCUCCAAUAACAUCCAUUUCGCCCACUACGACUUCGUCGUCCACUCCGACCUCUUCAUCCGUUUCCACUUCAGCCGUUACUUCUAGUGUACCACCGUCGAGUUUUCCCGCUACGACCCCGUCGUCCGUUUCCACUUCAGUCGUCACGUCCAUUUCGCCGACGAUUUCCUCGUCCUUGACAUUCGCUCCCACUUCCAGUUUGCCCACUACGACCCAGCGCACGUCGGCCCUUCCGUCUACGGCGACUAGUUCUCCUUCAUCAUCAUCCAAUGCUGAGACCACGACCACGACGAGCGUUGCUCCGACCUCCAGUUCCUCUGAAGCGGUGACGAGGACGACUGGGACUACUAGUGGAACUAGGAGCGGAGAAGGUUCGACUGGGACAGGCGGUGGUCAAACGACAUCUUCUUUUACUUCUGUCUCCCCCCCUACGACCUCCUCUUCCUUCGUUUCCUCCAGUACAACAACGACAAUCUCAUCUUCCACUCCGCCCUGGAGCACCGUGACAACACCGUCUCUUCCACCUUCAACCUCGACCAGGACCACGACCUCGAUCCCAAGCACAAAUACAAAUACCAUCUCGCCCCCUUCAAGCUCUCCUGCGGCCAGUAUCGACACUAGCACCUCGUCCUCUCCCUCGCAGAGCGUCACGGUAUCGUCGUCCUCGAGUGGGAGUGGGAGUGGGAGUGUAUCGGACGGGUCUGGAGGGGGGACUCGGACGACUACGAGUGCCGCGAACUCGGUAGGAAGUAUUACUAUCACGCACACCAACAGCAGUAGUAGUCCUGCUCCUACGGAUUCGCAGACUUCAUCUCGUGCCCCACCGUCGUCGUCGCCAUCGCCCCCGUCAUCGCCACACUUGGACUCUACGUCGACGUCUACACAAGCACAAACACACACGUUGACUUCGUCGUCGGUGUCGAUACCUGCCUCGACUUCAUCGCCGUUGUCAGCACCGAUUCCUACCUCGACUUCGAUCUCAACGCCGACUGCGAGUACGGCGCGUACGUCCUCCUCUAACUCUACAUCUGCUAUAUCGUCGUCUUCCACUCCGGUACUAUCGUCGGUUCCAACUACGACAUCGACUUCGACUUCGACAUCGAGCACGAUCCAUACGUCUCCUCCCACGUCCACUGGCAGGACGACGAACACUUCCGAUGCGCCCACAAUUACUAAUACGAAUACGAAUACCACUCCGGUUCGGUCAAGUGGGACGAGCUCGGUUUCGGCCGGCGUAUCUUCUCCAUCGACACCGGCGACGUCGACGAGAGGAAACACCUUUACGUCCCAGCCGUUAUCGACUUCUUCGGUCCCGACAGUCACACCUACCCAUACUCCGACUCACUCCACCACGAUAACUCCCACCACGACUGGUUCGCUCAGUAGUAGUGCGUUAGGUGGAGGAGGAGGAGGGGGAGGGGGAAAGAGUUCGCAUGUGGGAGGGACUGGGACUGGGACUGGGACUGGGACUGGGACUGGGACUGGGACUGGGACUGGGACUGGGAGUAUCAGUGGAGGGGGAAUCACUGCGACGAGGACAAGUACUGGAGGUGGAGUUACGACCACGAGUGCCGAUGGAAUAACGACUUCGAGCAGCAUCCACGUCACAUCCACGGGAACUAGGAGCUCAUCGAUUUCUAGUGUCAGCGGUUCGAUUUCUAGUGUCAGCGGUGGCCCUACUUCCUCCAUCAGGACGAGCACAGCCGGGAGGAGUGUUUCCUCUACCGCGGUCCCUGUCAGUAAGACGACCACUUCAGACUCGAGUCAAGUAAUCAGCGAUGGUGGUGGGCCGACUGGAAGUGGUACGAAUGGAGGCGGUGGACAGAAGACGUCCACUCCGGGUACGAUUUCUACAGCCAGUGCGAGUGGUGUUGCUCCUGUUCCUACCACAACCGCCACUGGAAGCGGAAGUACGUCAUCUGAGUCGAGUGGCGGUGGCGGUGGCGUUGUUACUUCAGCCAGUGGUAGUGCCUCCGAGUCCUCCGCAUCUCAGCCGACGAACACAAAUACCUCGCUUCCUUUAUCUACGACAGAUCCUGGUCGGGCGUCACUGACUUCUUUGGACACUACGACUACGCCCGUGCGUCCCGCGAGGCCUGUUCAGACUACGGGGCCGCUAAGCACGGCGACUAAUGGCGAUCCUUCAGCCUCUGACGCAUCCCCAUCCCCCAAGGGAUCAGAACCCGCUAGCCCAAUCGGUGUAAUCGGUAUAUCGAGGUCCUUCUCUAACGAAGUCACGACGAUCCACACCAGUACUGCUAUACUCACCACCGAACCCGGAGGUCAAAUCAGUACCCUCUCGUACUCAUCCGAGACAUUGACGAGCACCAUCGAGGUCCCAGUGCCUACACCUGGUGCUAACACUUCAUCGUCCAACGCGAACCUUUCCAGGAUCAUCGCCCCAAUCAUCGGAGCGCUCCUCCUCCUCGCCGUUCUCGUAUCCUUCCUCAUCUACCGCUCCCGUUGUCGUUCUUCCGCUUUCAACAACCUCGAGGGCGAGGGUAACGCUCCCGCCGGUCAAGGAGGAGCCAUCACAAGCCUCAGUCGUUCGUCGAGCUUUGCCUCGGGGGUACCUAGCGAUAUCUCGGAUAGUCAGAUCGCGGCUUGGAGGACUCGUAACGUCGCUGGUGCAGGUGCUACUCAAAUGUCUCAGGUUUCUGGGCCCAACUUGAAUGCUGCCAGUGGUACUGGUGUUGUUCACGUGAGGUCGUUACUCGACGUGUCUUCCGGAGAAUUCGGAUCGACCCCGUUCCUCUCACCAGCACUCAUCCCAUCCGUCUCGCCAUUCCCCACCUCAGACCAAAUGGUCCCGCGCUCGCGGUCGAUUACGCCUCCAGAUCAAGCUCAAGACUUGUUUUCUCCGAUUGCCUCGUCUGAGGGUGUGAGGGCGCCGAUGGCUUUGGUGCAUGCUUAUGAGCCUUCUGAGCGGAUAGUCGUGCCUUCGACGCCUAUUUCUUCGCGUUCGCAUUUCAGCGCUUAUUCUUAUAGGCCGUCUGAUUCCCCUGAGCCUGAGCAAGCGAUCGAGCAAGAGACGGUCCGGAAUGAAGGUCAAGACCUAGACGUUAUCGUGAAUCCGUUCGAUGACGCAUACAGCCCAGGUCCAAACCCAGAUAUCGACACUGAAAUCAACAGCGUCAAGGAAGGGAACGGUUCACGAAGUAGUAGUAGCAGCGACAGUCAUGAAACGAGCACCAUCAUGGAGCAUAACAUCAGCACUCUCUUGCCUGCGUUCCCGAGUCCUGAGACGGGGAUAUACCCACCUCCUUCUAUGCGUCGGAUGAGCAGUACGACCAAGAUUGGCGGACGGAGCGAUGGUGGUCUAGGAGGUGGAGAAGCCGAAUUGGUUGGGAUGUUGGACUUGGACCCGUUCGUGAACCUGCCGCCUGUCAGUUUCCUGUCGCCGACGAGGGCGGAGGAAUACGACUAUUGCUACGUCGACGAGAAUGGGGAGGUGAAGAGGGUUAUGAGCGGGCCUGGGGAGAAUAAGAAUGUUGUGAGUCGGUUGAGUCGGGCGAGUUCGGUUGUUGGGCCGCAGAGUGAUGAGAGUGUGCUUGGCGUUGCUUGCUGAUCCAGAAUGGACUGCUGUGGAUCUUAUCGCAUAAUAUAAUUUGUAUCUUGGGAAUAUGUAUGUACCACUCCGCUCAUUUUGCAUUUCCGUGUGUCGACAUCGACAUUAUACUGGGCUGUCCGUUCUUUGCAACCUGUCGUGAUGCUCUCUGUCAUUCCUCUAUGGCGACGAACUCGGCUGCUUAUUUUAUCAAUUAUAAUUGACAUCUGUACUGGUCAUAAAGGAAUGUAUCGAGUCUGUCUUGUUCAUGAAGUGUCUGUCCUUUGUAUCGAGUGCAACCGUGGCGGUUGGCUUGUA